CGCAAUUCUCUGCGGCUCCACGACUCCACGAUCGAUUUUCAGAGGUCAGACGCGCUUCAUCAAGGCAUGACAUCCUCAUCAAGGUCAUCCGUGGGUCGGCCCAAGGAGGCCAUCAACUCGCUGUGCCAGCUCAUGAACCUCUGUGGCAUCAGUGGGCUUAACCCAGAAGUCUUCAGGCAGGCUAAAUUCAACAAGCCCGAGGCGGUGGCUCCGUUAUGGUCACUCUUAUCCUCUCUGACAAAUUACUCCAAAGGCAAGGGAGUGUGGCCUGAGCCAGAUGCCAGUGCGUCACAUCAGGCAACACAGAGUAACAUUGUUUCCUCAACAAAGCUUGCCAUGUGGUCCGAGGGCUAUCGCUGUCGCCAAUUUUACCACCUCCCCGAGGACAUGAGCCACGGCAGCCGUGAACUGCUCUUAGCCUGUGGCUGGCUCUUAGCCAGGACGAACAUAGUGACAGACCUGGUGACGCAAGACAGAGCAAACAUGGUGGACACGAGGCACUUGCAUCUGGAAGAGGUCCUGCGGUCGAGGAGGCAGAGAGAGGAGAUGAAGAAAAUGAAGGAUACGAUCGUGGAUGAGGAACGACAAACGAGUCACGGUGGAAAGCACCUGGUUUGGCUUGUCGGCCAAUGCAGGAUGAAAUUAAGGAGACUGCAUCUUCAACAACGAGAACUGUGCAAUCUUACACAUCAGAUUCAUGUUGCUACUGAGGGGGUGACCACGACCACGGACUCUUCACAUCUCUCUCCGCUAGAAGUCUUCAUCCUCAGGCAUGCCGAACAUUCAAAGAAGUACCAGCAGAUCUUGGAAGCCAAGCAAAACAGACUUCAUAUCUGUCUGAAGUGGCAAGAACAGCAAGCUACAUUUUGGCAGUGGAUGGAAAGUGUCUUGGAUGCAAAGCUUCAAGACUCCUCAGAGGAGGCAGAAAUGACAGUUGAAUUGCACAUCCCUAAUCCAGCACAUGGAUCAGUGGGAGAUCCGGCAGAUCUCGUCAGGGAGUUAGAGGGGCACACCCAGCAACUUGAGCAGCUCGUGGGAGAUGCUUUGCGAGAUUAUGACUUUGAUAAAGUGGAAAACUCAAAGCGGCUUAGAGUUGAGGGGGAUAUCAAGGCCAAGCUUGUUCCCGUUUGCUCAUCUCCGACUCCUUGUCCAUCAAGACUUGACGCAUACCAGACAGCAAGGUUUCAUCUUAUCAAGAAGAAGCCCAGGACAUCCGGUGGACAGCCUUGCCUCAGUAAAACCCUGGAUGCUGUUUACAUUCAGAACGAGAUUUUGAGACUCUCGGAGCUCGUUGAGCAAUUGGAAAAGGAUUUAGCAGAACUGAGAAGUUGUCACCGUUUGAGGAUGGACGAGUUGGCUUUGAUGUUGCCAGAUGCGAUCUGCAUACCGCCAAUGGGCGCUGCAAGAUGAUGAAGUUUACUUGCUAGGAUCUGUAGAAAAGCCCACGGAAAAACAGUUUUACCGUCAUGUCCCAAACAUCCAAUAAUAUGAAAAGUGUAUCUUAAUUUUUCAAUUAGCCACAUGUACUGGAUGCUGGAUUUAUCCAGUGGAACAAUCAAUCCUAUCUUCAUCUGGGGUAUAGACCUGAUUCGAGUAAAAGGCCUAGAUGAUAUCAUGGAACAAUAUAGGCCAGUGCCACUAACUUUUAGGACACUGAUAUGGGUGAUGUGGAGUUCUACCAACAACAAAAAAGUCAGUGAGCCGUCUUUUGCCAUGUUUAUUGUUUCUCAAAUAAUAAAACUGGAAAUGUCUUGAAUUUCUGACAAAUA